GGUCUUAGUUCCCAGUCGCGGCCAAAUCACGCCUCAGCCACGUCCCGCAAGACUCUCACUGCCUCAGUCACGCUUUCCAGUCUGGUUUCUGGUCCCCAUCCGCGGCUGGUCCGGCCCUGGAACCCAAUCACUGCCCAGCGAGAGGAAAGUCAAAGUCCUCUACCGGCUACGGGAAGGUCGCGGCCGCCGCCCUGUCAGCCGCCUCGGGGCCCCCGGGGGGACCCCCUCGGGUCUCCUUAACCGGAAGCGGAAGUGCGUGUCGGCGGGAUCAUGGCGACUUUGGUCGAACUGCCGGACUCAGUCCUGCUUGAGAUCUUCUCUUACCUCCCGGUACGGGACCGGAUCCGCAUCUCCAGGGUCUGUCACCGCUGGAAGAGGCUGGUGGACGACCGGUGGCUGUGGCGACAUGUCGACCUGACGCUCUACACGGCCCUAUGAUGUCAAGUAGAGAAAUCCAGCAAUAAAAGGCAGAUAUGCGACCUAAAGUCAUGUGGCACCUCCUUCGAAGGUACAUGGCAUCCCGGCUCCAUUCCCUGCGGAUGGGUGGCUACUUGUUCUCUGGCUCCCAGGCCCCCCAGUUGUCCCCUGCUCUGUUGAGAGCCCUGGGCCAGAAAUGCCCCAACCUGAAGCGCCUCUGCCUACACGUGGCCGACCUGAGCAUGGUGCCCAUCACCAGCCUGCCCAGCACCCUGAGGACCCUGGAGCUGCACAGCUGCGAGAUCUCUAUGGCUUGGCUCCACAAGCAGCAGGACCCCACCGUGCUGCCCCUGCUCGAAUGCAUCGUGCUGGACCGCGUCCCCGCCUUCCGCGACGAGCACCUGCAGGGCCUGACGCGCUUCCGGGCCUUGCGCUCGCUGGUGCUGGGUGGCACCUACCGUGUGACCGAGACAGGGCUGGAUGCUGGCCUGCAGGAGCUCAGCUAUCUGCAGAGGCUCGAGGUGCUGGGCUGCACCCUGUCUGCUGACAGCACCCUGCUGGCUAUCAGCCGCCACCUCCGAGAUGUGCGCAAGAUCCGGCUGACCGUGAGGGGCCUCUCUGCCCCUGGCCUGGCUGUCCUGGAGGGAAUGCCGGCCUUGGAGAGUCUGUGCCUGCAGGGUCCCCUCAUCACCCCGGAAAUGCCCUCCCCCACUGAAAUCCUCUCCUCCUGCCUCACUAUGCCCAAGCUCAGAGUCCUUGAGCUGCAGGGGCUGGGCUGGGAGGGUCAGGAGGCGGAGAAGAUCCUGUGUAAGGGGCUGCCCCACUGUAUGGUCAUUGUCAGGGCCUGCCCCAAAGAGUCUAUGGACUGGUGGAUGUAACUACUCCACCUGUCCCUGGGAGCCAUUCUAGCUUUCAUCGUUGAGCCCCAGACCCUCUGAGCAGCACUUUGAAGAGGGUAGAUAAUCAGACUUGAGGAAAUUGAAAGCCCCAGGUUGACAGAACAGAGGCCUAGGGACCUCCAGACCAUUGGAAUCACUGUUUGCCAACUGUGUGGCCUUGGUCAUAUCAUCAACCUCUGGGAAGCCUAGUUCCCACAUCUGGAAAUAAGGAUGAUCAUAGCUACCUCAUGGUUACAUUGCAAAGCCUUACUCAAAAAGCUCCCAGCCUCCAGAGGCUCUCGAUGAAGAGUCACCUUCACGGUCGUCCUCAGGAACAGGACGGAUGAAGAAGGGGUGAGGUUAAGACUUAGGGGCACCCGAGGGGCUGAGCCCCCUUAUGAGUACCCAAGAAGGACUGUCUAUGCAUGCACACCCACAAGCCUAUAUCCCAUUUGUAUACCUACACGCACGCAAGAGACGCGGAGAGAUAGGCAACGCAGACUCGCUAUUCAAUGAUUGAUAUGCUCAUAAAAGCUCUCAAUUCUAUUUUCUGUAUUUUGUAUGCUGUAUUUUCCAAGACAUAUUAUUUUGCUAUUAAAGAAAAAAAUCAUUUUUUUUUCCC